AUGCCUCAACUAUUAGAGAUGCAGCUUUCGCUGCUCCAUUCCGUGUCCAAGGCCCUGGACAAUCUCAGGAAGAUCGGGAGGAACAAUUUCACUCCCGCCAAAAUCCGUUCGAGAAUGACGUCGCUGAAGGAGACGUGGCAGCAGUGCAAGCAAGGACACGCCGCGCUCUCGAGCCAGUACACCAAAGCCGAGCGAGAGACAAUUCCGUACUUUGCUGAGGGUCAACUUGACGCGCACGAGGACAUUUUUCUGGCGACGCUGGACUACAUGACUGAGCAAUUGGAAAUCCUCGAGCCUAUCGUGAGACACAACCAAACCUCUGCUAAUGUUUCGGUAUCAGAGAUCUCCGCAUCAUCAUCACUGUCGCUACAGCAUCUUCCGCCGAUCAAACUGCCUCCUUUCUCCGGGGACGCGGCUGAUUGGGAGACUUUUCGCGACCGAUUCAAAUCGUUAAUCAUCGCGAAUAAAGACAUUUCAAACUUCUCUAGAAUGCAUUUUCUGGCAUCCAGCUUAACUGGUCGCGCUCGCGAUACUAUAUCCGGAAUUUCCAUUACCGCCGAUAACUUCCAAACAGCGUGGGACGCACUGGUUGCUCGUUUUGAAAAUAAGCGAAAAUUAAUAGAUGUUCACGUUGCGUCACUCUACAAUUUACCUUCGGUUUCCCGCGAGUCCACCGUUGAACUCCACGCGUUACGCGAUCAAGCGGAGCGCGCGAUAUCCGCCUUGAAGCAACUAAAUCGAAGCUCGGACGAACAGUUAAGCGAUAUACUUGUUUACCUCGUAUCGCAAAAACUAGAUCCCGCGACGAAAAGAGCGUGGAAAUUGAAAUGCUGUUCCGACGAUUCAGACACGAUUCCCACGUAUGAAACUCUUAAGAAAUUCAUAAACUCGCGCGCUGUUGCCCUCGAGGAGAUCGCUCCCGCGGCGUCCGCCAAGCCUCGGCAGGCCAGGGCACACAACGUCGCCGCGACGAAAUCAAAAGAGGUAGCGUGCCCAUUGUGCAAAGGCGCUCAUUACUUGAGCAAGUGUACCAAGUUCUUGAGCAAGAGUGCGACUCAGAGACGCGACUUAGUAAAGCAGACAAAUCGAUGCUAUAAUUGCCUGAGUGCUCGGCACAGUGUUAGCGAUUGUACAAGCACAUUUACGUGCCGCACGUGCCAGCAAAAACAUCACACGCUUUUGCACUCUGAGUCAAUCUCUUCCUCAACUGCUACGCCGACGCCCGAUCAAUCCGACCAUGCGAAUACGACCGGAGAGUUGCCCGCCAACUCACAAGUAUCCGCGAUGAAUGCGAUCGCCGCCGACGCGGAUCCCACGCCGGUCUUACUCGCCACCGCCGAGGUUUCUGUCCGCUCACGCGAUCACCGAACCGAAACCGUCAGGGCCCUGCUGGACCAGGGUUCCGAAGUUACGUUCAUAAGCGAACGACUCGCGCAAUCCUUACGCGUUAAACGCAACCCCACUCGCACCACCAUUUCAGCCGUUGGUGGAGCGUCAGCCGGCAUAUGCCGACAUGCCACUACCAUUUUUAUAUCUCCACGGGAUCGAAUCAAACCGGAGUUUCAGGCCCUCGCCUUUAUCCUCCCAUCCCUCACUAAGUACACUCCGCGACGGGAAAAGGUAGUUCCGGAUUGGAUCCACUUGGACAAACUGCGCCUAGCGGACAACAAUCCUACCGGAGCACGUCCGAUCGAUGUUAUUAUCGGCGCGGACAUUUACAGCGAGAUCAUACAGAGCGGAGUCCGUAAGGGGCUCAAAGGUCAACCGAUUGCUCAACAGUCUCAUCUCGGUUGGCUCAUCUCGGGACCAACGACAAACCGACCGUCUACGCGUCAUGAAAUUCGCGCCUUUCAUUGCUCUCUAGAACGGGAGAUUCGAAAAUUCUGGGAGGUUGAGGAGCCCCCCCGUGUCUCAGCGCGCUCCCCGCUCGAUCAACAAUGCGAAAUGCAUUUUCAGCAGACUCACACGCGCACUGAAGACGGACGAUAUACCGUUCGCCUUCCAUUCAAGUCUAAAUCUCCGAUCGAGAUAGGCCACUCGAGGUCGAUAGCCGUGCACCGAUUGACCUCUCUCAAACGGAGACUCGAUUCGUGCCCUGAAGUCAAAAGGGAAUAUUCCGAUUUCCUCGCCGAAUACGAGUCCUUACGCCACAUGACGCGAGUUGAGCCAACGUCCGCGACAAAUUCACUCGCUGUUUACAUUCCCCACCAUCCCGUUAUUCGAACGUCUAGUGCCACGACUCGCCUAAGGGUCGUAUUCGACGCCUCAAGUCCCACCUCCAACGAAACAUCUCUCAACUCACAUCUCCAUGCAGGUCCGAAACUACAGACAGACUUGCCGGCUGUCCUGAUUCGCUGGCGUACACCACGCUACGUAUACAGCGCGGACAUCGCCAAGAUGUACCGACAAAUUUGGGUAGAUCCCCGCGAUCGCGACUUUCAAAGAAUUGUUUGGAGGCCUAAUGAGAGUGCCGACAUUCUCGACUACCAACUUAAUACAGUAACGUACGGAAUGGUCUCCGCUCCAUACCUCGCGCUCCGCGUUCUUAAACAGCUCGCAACGGAUGAAGGCGAGCCAUUUCCUAUCGCUGUCUCGAUUCUUAGGGAUAAUAUUUACGUCGACGUUCUAUUCGGUGCUCACACCAUUUCGCAAAUUCAAACAGCUCGCAAACAACUUUGCGAGCUUCUGUCUCGCGGAGGAUUUACAUUGCGAAAAUGGGCGAGCAAUCGGGCGGAGUUACUCUCCGAUAUUCCGUCUGAGGACCACGGUUUAGCGUGUCACCGUGAUCUUCAGUUGGACGAAAACGUAAAGAUUCUAGGCAUAACUUGGACUCCAGCGCUUGACGCUUUCCAAUUCCGCGUAGACUUAGUUCUCGAAAUCCCGCAAACAAAGCG